AGUAUCAAAAACAAAUAUGACAUGAGCGAUAAACAGCUGAUGGCGUCAAUAAACAUUUUUUAAAUUUACGUUUUUAUUAGAAAUGCACUUAAAUUUCCAAAUUCUAGUUCUAAGCCUCGUGGUCUAUUCCGAGAACAUUAGAGCUGCACAACUACCAGAAAUAUAUGGAGUCACUCCCACCCCUUAUCACGACUGGGACUACAUACUGUUCUCACAAAGAUGGGCAAUUACUUCGUGCACCGAAUGGGAAGAAGCUAAAUCAGGCAACACUUGCACAUUCCCACCAGAUCGAACCCAAUGGAUAGUUCACGGAAUGUGGCCCACUAAAAACGGAACAGAGGGCCCCUUGUACUGUCCUUCUGCUAUCCACUUCGAUCCGGAUCUACUGGAUCCCAUGUUGGAUGCUCUUAAAGCCCAAUGGACAAAUGUGGAGGCAAAUACCAAACUUUAUUCCUUCUGGAAACACGAGUGGGAUAAACAUGGAACUUGUUCGGUAGAUUUGCCAGCACUCAACAGUAUUCCAAAUUUCUUUAAAAAAGGUCUAGAAUUAAAUAAACAAUUCAAUAUCGCCGAUAUGCUACUACAAAGUCAAAUAACCCCAGGCACCACCGGUUACACUGUAGACGAGAUAGUAAAUGCCAUAAAAGCAGUGACAAAACACCAACCGACUGUCCAGUGUGUAGUGGAAAGCCAUACUAAGCUAUCCAUGAUUAGUGAGAUUAGGAUAUGUUUGGAUAAAUCCUUCGAAGUAAUCGAUUGUGUGUCAGCUAUAACGAAUUGUAGUAAAAAGAAACCCAUAAUGUACUUAGAUAGUGUGCCGAAUGAUGCACAGAGUCAGAUUGAUUAUAUAGAUGAAUAUUCUGAAGAGAGAUUUAGAGAGAGUGCGUAUUAUAUGGAGUUUUAUAAGUUAGUUAAAUUUCUUAUAUGGUUUUCUAUGUAAUAUUGUAUGAUUUAUCGUAAGUGAUCAAAGUAUUAGAUAUGUCUGGUAAAAUUCAAGGUUUUGAUUAAAACUAGUUUAUAAUAAGGAACAAAAUUAUAUUUACAUGACUUGGGUUUUCAUAUCAACAUGUGUAAUAUUAUAAAAUAUGUCCAA